UAUUUUGAUGGUACGAAGGACGGUCUGAAGUCAAUGAUACUUAUUCAUCCAUGUUGUGUUGGUGAUGCUCUGAAAUCAGAUGUCUGUAUUUCUGUAUGCUUUUAUGAGGCGGCGGUUGUAUCGACUUAUUCGGGUUUUUGGUGGGGUUUUUUGUAGUUUUUUUUUGUGGGUUUUUUUUGUUUUGUUUUUGUUGUUGUUUUUUUUGUCUCUUUUAAAUUUCAGAUCCUCAAGCUGGAUGUAAACUUGAUCGUGUUCAUUGAGAAAAAGGGUGUGCCAUUUGUUGAAAGGAACAGGCGCGGGAGAGAGGGGCGGACGCGGAUAUAUGAAAUGGAUAUCAUGGAUCUGGAGUACUUUCCCCUGCUCAAGGAUAUCACCAACAUCAUGCAGAGUCAGCAGUUUCAGGCGGGCAACGAGAACUACCGACAGGGCAAGGUGGAGGGCACUAACCCGCUGUACAACAUGGUGACCAACUCCAAAGUGUCGCUGGUCCACCAGGCUAUACGGACCAACCCGUUCGGCUCAGACUACUUCGUGUGGCUAGACGGGGGCUACGGCCACGGCGACGCUACUCUCUACCCCCCUGACGGCGUCUGGAACCCAGAGCAGCUGUGGAUGUACCCGAACAAAGUGAGCUUUGUGGCGCUGUACCCGUUGACCCCAAACAACUCGGAGCUGGACAAUCUGCACAAAGUGGACACGGCUCUUAUCGCCGGGGGUUUGUUCGCGGGCGGCACGGCAGCCAUGGAGCGGUACUACAAUCUCCACCGGGAGGUCAUGCAGAUGUACAUGCAGCGGGGAAGCAUCGACGACGACCAGACCACCUUCUCCGACUGCUACUACAAACAGCCCGACAAUUUCCGACCCGUGCUGGGAGACUGGUACGAUCUGCUCAAGCCUUUCAGACCCACGGAGAAGACGAAGGCAGGGACUGCGAAAGGAUGAAUCAAGUCGUUUUGUCGUUCUCACUUGACGAAAAAAA